UUUCCCUCUGAAUCACCUCCCGGUAGCAUGCAAAACUAUAAAAGUUAGCUUAGCAUGCUAGCCUGAAACGGACCGAAGUUAGCAACACGGAGAUAGUCCGAGUUUAACGGAGAGAAAACUGUGUUUUAAAAAAAAAAUCUCGGGAGGAAACGUGUCUUUGAUUCAGAGAAGAUGUCUAAAGUCCAUGUGCUGAGAUAUUUAGUGAAGCAACGACUCGCGGAGGCUGCUGAAGAGAUAUUUGGGCUGUUUGAAAGAACCAUAGCAGAGUACGAGGAGGAAGCUUCUAGAUUAAAAGAGAACAACGAGCGACUGAAGAAACGUCUGCACCCUGUUUUCAACCCGAAAGUCCACAUAGAAAGAGAAGAUGUCCAGCAGCUCUUUGUGCCUAAAGAAGAGCAGCAGGAGGAUCCAGAGCCCCCCCACAUAAAAGAGGAACCUGAGGACCCAGAGCCCUCACACAUUAAAGAGGAACCUGAGGAUCCAGAGCCCUCACACAUUAAAGAGGAACCUGAGGACCCAGAGCCCUCACACAUUAAAGAGGAGAAGCUUCAAGGGCUGGAGGAGGCUGAGUAG